AUGGGCUUGGAGCUUUACUGGGUCGACGCCUUGACCGGAGGCGAUUUGAACCGUUGGUUCCCACUCGCUGCGCCGAGCGAUUAUCUCUACUUCCUGCCUCAGCGUGCAGGGGUUGACUCAAGGAAGAAGCUGCGGCUGAUUUCCAGUGCGACUGGUCCGAUCGCUCCACAGCUGGCAAGGAGUGACAGUACCCCAGCAAAGUGGAAGUACUGGCCCACGCCGGCUGCUUUUGGCCGACGGCAGAGCUUGACGAGACUGUUCUUCGGUAACCUCUCAUUUCCCUCGCCAGCGGGUGAUCCGGACAGAGCUUCUAGCGUCGAGGGUUCUUUGAGGACGGACGAGGUUCAAGGAGUCUUACGGACUGUCGAUUGUGAUCACUUCUGUGCCCUCCCCGUUAGCGAUGGAUACCACCUGAUUUUCACUGACCCUGGCAGCGGACUAGUCUGUCUCGGUAGCGAUGCACCACUAGGAGGUCCGACCAGACUUGUCCGGAAGAUUAUGUUCAUUCCACCCGAGCGAGAAAGAGGCCAACGAAAGUCUUCUCCUCUCCGCUAUGCCGUUGGCAAGGCACUCGACUGGGGGCUGAGGCUUGUCGUGGUGUACGAUGACGACCGGGUUGUUCUGUACACUGUCCCGGCGGAUAUUUUCAACCAAAUCCGGGACCAGAAGGGCACCACUGAUGCGUGGGACGAGAACUCUGGGGUUCUGGGGCAGAGUGACCUGAUCAUGGACUCGCUGAUGGCCAGUCAUGAGGAUGACACAGUGGGCGACGCGUCAACUGACGAAGAGACAGACACGUAUGGCGGAGUCGCUAAUCAACCGUUGCAACUGGAGGGGUGUAUCAUUAGCACCGUUGAUGGUCGGGUCGUUGACGAUCUUGCAGUUCAGAGCGAGAAUGGUGGACUUGCUGUGUGGAUUUUCUAUCGAAGCGGCAUGGCCGAACUCUACAAUAUCUAUGCUCCGCGUGGUUAUCAAGUCCAGAGACGGUAUGUUGGCGACAAUGGUCUCGUCUACGAUGACGCAGGAGCAGAGCAAAAGCAUGACGAGCCCAGUAGCCAAACUUCGAAGCACAAAGAGAAGGAGGAAGAUGACAGACACGUCAAGUGGGCAGGCCAAGGAAUUUCUUGA